ACAACAAUCUGACAUCAAGCCACCCCGUUCUUCCCGGAGCUCAGUCAUGACUUCAAGAUCUCAAAAACAUCCAGGGGAAUAUAACAAAAAAAGAUGCUCGCACUCGUUGGGGGUAAUCUUGUGUCUAAUGCACUUUUACAUGCCCAAAGAGCAAAUGUGGAAUCCAAGGGAGAUCUGCCAUCAGCUACUGAGGCAUUGAAAAAAGCUGCAUCAUUGUUAUCUAGAUCAGAGGAGGAAGAAGAAAAAUUGUAUCAUCUUAGUAAAUCUGUUGACGUACCUGAAACUCCAGGCUUGUCUACGAUUCCACCACCACCAUUACUUCUAGCAAGAUCGAACUCAACAAUGAUUUUUAAACCUGCACCAUUUUUCCCUGUUGGAACUACGGUUGCCUGGUAUCGUCUGUUUGGGCGAUCUUCUGCUGGUCCAAAUGUAAAAGUCCGAUUGAAUGACUACUUUUUAGAAGGAGCUGGUAACGAAGUCCCAGCUGGUGAUGAAUGUAUUUUUCGAGUUGAUGGUCUGCGUAGUAACCAAAGAUAUGUGUUCGCUGUUGCCGCUUAUGCAUCUGAUGGUUCUCUAAUUGGAAACAGCAUUGGAGUGACCAGCGAAGUUAUUCCUGCUCACCAUCCUAUGUCAAUACUAAAUGCAUGGUCAAUACUUGCGGAAGUGAGUCAUCGUGUUGGAGUAAGAGAAGUUGCAAAACAGGCUGCAGAAGUUCUUUGGAAUCGGUUUGUCUCACCGCCUCCUGAAAGCGAUUCUGAUACUUGGACAACAACUGAUGCCCGAGAUUUUGUGUUAACAUUGCAUAGUUUACAAAAGGAAAUGAUAUCAGCAAGUUCACAAAUUCUUUUACGACACGUCGUAGUAAGUAUGUUUAUAUCUGUUGAGGUUGCUGUUCGAGAACAAGGGCUAUUUUGUAUUAAACUCUGUGAUAAAGGACCUCUAUUACCAGGACAAAUUUUGAGACUGCAAGAAUGCGAAAAGAUGUUAGUUGCUAUGGAACUUGCAAGUUACUUGAAUGAUGCAUCAUAUUUACUUCAAGCUGUAACCCAAUGCUAUGGUUUAUUGGUGCCCUUGAUUCAAUCUGAUGUAUAUUUCAUUCCAUUAAUACAGGUGCUUACUAAAUGUCAUGUUGCGCUGCGAGAAGCAUGUGGUGGCACUAGAAGUCAGAGAUCACCUAUGGUUAAUAAUUCAGUUCACCAUAUGAUAGCUAGUAUAACAUACUACCUAUCGAAAGUACUACGUUCUUUUGGAAGGCCAGAUAUGUGCUUGAAUAUGAUUGAUGCUGGAAAACAACUUCUUAAUCCUGGAGAGCAAAGUCAAGGUUCUUUACCAAAAGUGGUUGAUUCAAGUGGUGAACCCAGUUCUGUGAAUGUUACACAAGGAAAGAAGAGAGGAGUAAAACCAGUAAGUCUGGUGAAUCUGAGCAUGAGUCAUGAAUUAAAUGCUCUGGAAGAAAGACUUGCAGAACUUACAAAAGAAAAGCAUUCUGCUGAUGAAUUAACUGGCGGAGAGGAUGCCAGCACUGUUCUUUCAUACAUCAUUACUGCUAAACCAAUGCUUGCAUACAAAGAAAUAUCAAAAUUUAGAAGACGAUCACGUUACUUGGAGUACUUUGUUCAUGUUAUGCAUAAAGCUCUACACUGUGGAUUAAUCGAACCUACAAUUGAAUGGUCUCAGGAUGUAAUAACUUGGCUGAGACGUAGAAAUGAGGGACUCUCUGUCAACUAUACUUUGAUGUCUGUUGAAAACGGUGCUGUGGUAAUGCAGGGAAACGAUCCAAACAAGUAUGCAGCGGUGAUAGUAAGCUAUGCUCAGGAAGGAUCAAAGACAAAAGAUAAGAAAAAGAAAACACAAAGGAAAAGAAGUCGUCCUAUGGUAAAAGGAAACGGAGAUGAACAGGAAGAAUUGGAACGAAAGGCUUUGAUUGUUCUGGAAAAACACAUGACUGAAUUAUACAAAAAUAGUGUGAAACGAAAGAAAUUACGCAAAUUGUCUUUCGACGAAAUGCCAUGGAGAGCAGAGUUUAAUCAUCUUGUUGGCUUGCUUCAUCUCGAUAUGCUUCUACAAAAAUUAGACAGACGUCAACAGUUAAUCAAAGGCAAUGUUAUUCCAAGCAAAAAUAUCAGUCUUAUGGAUAAUAAGCUUUGGUCAUUGGAUGGUUGUAACAGCAUUGUAUUACAGCCUAGCACAGUCAGUCACAAACCUUUUAACGUCAAAACUAAUAUUGCAAUCGAAGCGGAUGAUGAUGAUCCUGGUCAAGCACUGCUUAUAUCUGCAAGGAAUGCAAUUAAUGUACUUUUUGAUACGGAGCAAAGUGAUGAGCCAAAUGCUCAGUUAUCACCAGAUGACGAGAGCGUGCGCGGUGCUGAAUCCCCAAGAACACAAAGAACUAACUCUCCUGUUUCUAUGGUUUCUACACAAACUAUAGAUCCAAAUAUUGCAGCAGUACAGAAUAAUGUGAUUAUGGAAACGUUCAAAAUAUGCAUGUUAUCAUUUCGAAGGGGUCUUGUUCUUGCUCAUAGAGGUAAACACUGGACUUUGCUACAGAAUAUAACCAGGUCUUUAAUGUCAUGUAUAUCAGUUGUCUUGGAACAGUCUGUAAAUGUACAUGAACCUGUCAUGACGAUGCAAGAUUUUAGACAAUUGGUUUGGUUUCCCUUGACACUCGCAUCAGAUUUUAUUUUGGAUAUGCUUGUUUGCAUGCAGGAAAGUAAAAGCAAAGACUGGCCAGUUGAUAGCUACGCAGGAGACAUUGUUGACGAGAAAGGGGGAAGCAAUUUGUGGUUUGAUAAAAUGAUGGACGAUUCUCAUCUAUAUGAUUUUCCUUUGAUAAAAUCUGUUAUAUUACGCUCGAUUCAAAUGCUUCAUUUUGAAUGUAGAUGGGAACAACUUGUUGAUAUUUGUCUUCGAUUCACUGCUUUAACACAUGAAAGAUAUUCAGAAACAAUAGCUCCCAUAUUGAUCCAUGCUCAGCAUGAAAUACUGAAAAGGGUUCAACAAUACGGAGGUGAAAGUGCAUUGCAACUUGCCGUGAAUAAUAAGGGGGAAAGAAUUUCUUUUGACAACCAUAACUAUGUUACAGCAAGCCUGCAAAUUCAACCUCUUGAUCCUGAAUCAGCUUCAAAUGUCAACAUCGGUGGAUUUAUUGAUCCAGGUGCUCAUGAUGUAUAUGAAGGAGGAAAACGUGCAUUUGCACUGUCUUGCGUACCAUACGAUGUGAACAGCAGUUUAUGGAACCUGCAUGAAAAUUUAAAGAAGUCAAGAUAUAUUUCACGGGCUUUGAUACAUUCUAGGAAACUUUUAGGAUUAUACCUUGCCUCUCAAUAUAACAAAAAAGAACCGAGGUCGGCACAAAGUUCUGCAAAACAGGAUCAUAGAGGCUCCACUGUCAGUUUUGUUGAUGUCGAAAGUAAAACUCAACAACCAUUCCCUUCGGGCUUAACACACACUGAAUUUGUAGAUAAUGAGGAUGUGGAGACAGUCCCCUUCGCACACUUACCUACUGUAAUUGAGUCGUAUAUUAAAACAAUAGAACUUCUUACUUCACAUGGAGAACGAGAUCUUGUAGGCCAAGCAAAUCAUGAGUUGGGAAAUUUAUAUCUCCACACAGGAAAUAACAAAGCAGCACUUCUCGCUUGGAACAGAGGUUUGGAUCAAUUAUUUGGUGUGAAAAAUGCAAUCACACAAUGGAAUAAAACCAUUGAAGAUCACUAUGAUAUCCCACAAAGCAUGUUACAAAAAUUAGGGCCUUGGGGAUCAUUGCUUGCUAUUAUUCUUACCUGCAAAAUAGGUGAAUUUUCUGGUGUAGAUUUGCAAGAAAAAACCAAUUGUGCAUUGCUGGCAGCGGAAUUAGUCCAAGCUGUUUUCAGGCUUUCCUUACCACAUCCUACAUCAAAUGUAGACUACAUGUCUUAUGAAAUAUUUCCACAACAUGUACUGCAAAACAACAGCAAACCAAGAAAGUAUAUGCCCGGGUCUACUUCAAUUUUUCCUAAUGUUGAUUUGUUCUCUGAUCAAUACAGAGGGGAAGCAAAGCAAUUGCUAUCAUGCUUGCAUUGGCUAUGUGAAACGUUGGUCCAAGUGCAAUUCAACUUGAAAGCUUUUCCAUGCAUUUGUUUUUAUCAAUACUUGGCAACAUUUGUAUGUAAAGAUUUGCAUAGAAGUGUACAAUGCCGUUCCAUUAAGCUCACUGCUUUAAAUAACAUACGUGCAUUUGAUGUUGCCAUUAACGACUUAUGUGUGUUGCUCUAUGGAAGCAAAUUGCCACAUCCAACAGAUCACACUUACAGAGAGCCAGACAGUUCACCACCAACAAUCAAUUUUAAUUUAUCACAAUCUAUGGAAGCUUUAGAAAAUUUGAAGGCAAUGGAAAUUAUUGCAAGUAAGAGGCUUUCUGCUAACUUAUCUCAAUUGUAUGGACCUCAUUUGACUUGCGAAAUCACUAUUCAGCAAGCUAGAUUGUUGACUGAACUAUCUGAGUGCAUAACAGGCUUGCCACAAAGGCCAACAAUCAAAGAUCUAAUCCUCGUGUCUCCGGAAAUAGAUGCUGUUCAAUUGCCAGGGGGAUCACAGAGGAAGACUCCCAGAUCACAAGCAUCUGAUGAUGUUCGCUCCACAAUAAGUGCUUUGUCAACAGCUUCAACAUAUAGGCAUGUUAAAAAAUUAUUCUCAAAGCGUGAAAGUCCAAUGACAAUACCACUCCUGAAAGGCAUGUUGAUUGCUGUGGCAGAAUCUCUCAUUAAUGCGAUGCUGAAUCCAAUUGCAUCAAGCGGUGCGAAGUUGACUUCUGGUGAAUUAUGGAUUGCGUUACAUUGUUAUUUAAUAUUAUCACAAAUAGAACAGCAGCGACAACAUUCAACUAUAGCAGCAUCUCAUGCUCUUAAGGCACUUGAUCUUAUGCAGUCAUCUGAAGUUUUUGAUGACCUCACUGUGAAACGACCAAGGCAGAUUCGUUCUGCAUUGAAAAAUAGGAGUGCUGAACGGGACCAUAGGCCACUAACUCCAGAUGCAGAGAAGCAGAUUGUUAAUAUUGAACAGAAAUAUCGUUCGAGAUUGAAUGCAAGACUGUGGCUUCAGAUUCGGUUGCAAUUAUGUGAUGCUUUGCUGACACAAAUAGUAGGGCUGGGUAAAGUACGAAGCCCCUUAAGUAAUGAAAGUGGAAGCCAAAAUCACACAUUUUUACAACUUUAUUGCGCAAAAGGUCUUGUUGAAGCUGAGGCCUGUAACGACCCAGAAAUGCAAGCUGCAUUCUUAUUAUAUGGUUCUCAUGUGGAAGGACUUUCAAGUGAAGAGACUAUUAAAACUCUUGAAGAUGUGGUUGCCACUUUAGAUGAAUUACCAAAUCUUUCUGAUCAAGGCACAGUCACUUUGGUUCAAGGAACGAUUUCGAUAGCUGAUUUACAGCUUCAAAGUAACAAAUGGACAUCAUCUCAUGCAGUACAGGAGUUUCACAAUGCACAUGCGAUUAUGUUGCUGCACACAAUGCAUCAUGGUGAAACAAUGAAACACUCUCGUCUCUUUACAUCAACAGUAGAAAUGCCAUUUAAAAAUAUCUAUCAUCGUAAUCUCCAAAUUCUAGCUCAUAUAAAACUUCGUAUGGGUCAUGCAAACUAUUUUACUUUGACUGAUACAUCUUCUGUGGAAGAGUGGCAAGCGACGACUGAAAUUUUACGCCAAGCAAAAUAUCUUUGUGAAGGUUCAGCAGAAAAAGACCCAAGACUGUUUGCUGAAAUAAAUUUUGAAUUAGCCAAAGUUACAAGAGCUUUAUACUUUAUGAAUGGAUGUGAAGUUUCAGUUGUUCAAAGUGCACUGCAGUCAGCCAUCAAAUCUGCACAUAUAAGUGAUGCUUCUGUGAGUCGUGAUGGCCACUUAGAAUUAGCAAUGCUUGGUAUUACUCUCAAUACUAAUAUUCAAAAUGCAACCAGUGAAAGUAGUAAUAUCAGAAGUACGAAACAGAUUGGAAUGGCUCUACAAACAGCUUACUCAAUUGCAGAAGAAAACCAAAGCAGGGCUUUGUUACCUGGAAAUACGACGGUUACUACUACCGAUUUUACUGAUGAAGAUAAGGCGAAGCUUCCUGAUUUUGUUUUACUCGACCUCUCCACCAGUCACAAAGAUAUUCCUGCACCUGUAACAGUUGAUGAUAUUACUAUUGAUCCUGUGGUCACUGCAGCACGGAUGGAAUCUGGGCACUUUACAUGGAUUCAUGUUCUCCAUUACAGGAUUUUAUUGUUACGUAAAUUUUCAUCUCUUCGUAUAAGCGAUGAAAAGCGACCUCCUACUGCUGAGACUGAUGAUUCGAGCAUUGAUGAUUUUUAUGCUGGUAAUGAAAAACAGAACGAUCAAAAAAGCCAAGCGACAAAAACGCCAAUGUUUUCAAAGUAUCUCUCUAUUCGAGUCAACUCAUUGCAUGAUUAUUUAAAGGAGCAUCUACCAGCAUAUGGUGAAACAUGUGAACUUCCUCCUUUUGAUAGCAAAGCAGCGGUGUUAUUGGUACAAUGGUACAGAGUACGACACAAAAUGGCUUUACUUUGGUGUAAGACAGAUUCACAAGAAUGCGGAAAACUUCUUAUUCCUCCAUCAGACAUUUCACGCAUCCUUGGUCAAAUCAAAGCUCUUCUGCAAAAAGUGGAAAUACAUUUUGGUCAAACAAUGGCUCCUGUAGAGAAAAAUCGUUCCCGUAAUCUUCGGCAAAGAAAACAAUCAACCACACCUCAGCUUCCAUCUCAAUUAGAAGAUGAUGUCAAACAGACACUCACCAACUGUGCUCUUCUUUUCUCACCAGACCAUGAUAUCAUCACAUCUUUACCUUUCCAAGUUACGGUCAAUUCAAUUGAAAACAUGGUUGAAUUAUUUACAAUUGGUUGCUCUUAUACAACUACUGACCCACUGUAUUCAUGGCUGUGUGAACUUUUGAUAACUUCCUCCGAAUAGAUUGGAAGGAAUCAAGUUAUUUGAUUUUUCAUAAUUUAUUAAAAUGUUUGCUAGUAACCAAUAAUUAAUCCAAUCUAUAUUAAAUCUUUUCUGAAUUAAUAUUGUAAUGUAAGCAAAAUUUGAUUGUGACAAAUUCGAUAUAAUGAAAGUUUUCAUAAAGUGGCAAUUUACAAAAAAAAACUUUGAAUGAAUUGGUUUAAAAUUUUAAUUAGGUAUAUGUAUAUUAGUUGGUAAAGACUUCUUAUGUUGUGUUUUUGAUUACAUCAGUAAAAAAUAUUACAAAUUGAAACAUUGAAAACAUUUUCCAUCAGCUUAAGCUAUUUUGUGUUUUUGUCCACACUAUAGUUACUUAGUUCGAUUUAAUAUAGCCUGUACAUUUGAACAUACAUAUUCAUACUUGUGAAAUUUUGUUGCUUUUUUCAAAUAAAAUUUAUAUAUUCUUUUA